AUGCCUGAAGCCACCGUCAAAGCGCCCAAGAAGGGCUCCAAGAAAGCCGUCAAUAAGACCGUGAUCAAGACCGGCAAGAAGAGGCGCAAGUCCAGGAAGGAGAGCUACGCCAUCUACGUGUACAAGGUGAUGAAGCAGGUCCACCCCGAUACCGGCACCUCCUCCAAGGCCAUGGGCAUCAUGAACUGCUUCGUGAGCGACAUCUUUGAGCGUAUCGCCGGCUGA